AUGGGAUCCGAAAGAAUUGAAAAUAGCUUCAAUGAUAUGGGCAUAUCUAGCAUUGGGUCUGACUUUGGAAGUGGUACUGGUUUUGGAUUGACUAUUGAUGUUAAUUCCUUUUCUACCAAGCCUAAAGGUGAUUAUGUGCUUGAGAACGGAAGUCCAACGAAUGGGUUUAAGUUGGAAAGAGGUCUUCGUCAAGGUGAUUCGCUUUCCCCUUUUCUUUUUUUGUUAGCAACUGAAAGGUUACAUGUUUUGAUGAAUGCUUUAGUGAAAAAAGGAAUGUAUACAUGGUAUGGGGUGAGGGCACAAAAUGAAAAUGGAGGUCUGGAGGUUAGGAGGUUGAAGGAGUUUAACUUGGCCUUACUUGAUAAAUGGUGUUGGAGGAUUCUAAAUGCUACGGAAAGUUUGUUGUAUAAGGUUCUGAGUGCUCAGUAUGGAGAGGAAGAGGGUUAUAAUAUUUUGGGGGUAGCGGUAGAUCUGUUUGGAAGAGGAAUUUGA